UUUUUUUGUAACAUACAGAAUUAAUAAAUUAGAAAAGACUUUUAAAAAACAAAAUAACAUUUGGAUUGUAAGUAGUAAUUUUUUUUUGAAAAAUGGCACUACAAAGAAAAUGUAUUUUUCUGAAAAAACCUCUGGAAACUUUAUUAAUGGCACAGAGUCAAAGAAAUUUAUUUGUUGAGUCAACUUUGCAAUGUCCAGUAAUGUCACAGUUACUAUUGGAUAAAAAAAAUGAGAAAGGAGGUCAUUGUCCCUUCAACUCAGAUGUUCUUAUGGAUACCAUGAAAAAAUUGGUUAAAAGAUCUAUUUAUACUGCUUCAGAUAGUACAAUAAAAGGAAAUCAAAAGUCUCAAAUGAAUGAAGAAGUUGAAGCCACGUCUAGGAAACCAUCAGCAUUUGAAUUUGAUGGUUUUUUCGAAAACAUGAUACAGAAAAAAUUAGAUGACCACAGUUACAGAGUUUUCAGAAAAGUUAAUAGAGAUGCAAACAAAUUUCCUUUGGGAGAAGAUUUCAGUUUUUCUGAUGAGCCUAAGCCAGUAACUGUAUGGUGCAGUAAUGAUUAUCUUGGGAUGAGUCGUCACAAAGUUGUGGUUGAAGCUGCAAAAAAUGUCAUUGAAUCUAAUGGAGUUGGUGCUGGUGGAACUAGAAAUAUUUCUGGUACAAGCACAUAUCACUCAAUGCUUGAAAAUUCUUUAGCUAAAUGGCAUAAAAAAGAAGCUGGCCUUCUUUUUACAUCAUGUUAUGUGGCAAAUGAUACAGCUUUGUUUACACUUGGGCAGCAACUCCCAGGGUGUAUCUUUUUUUCUGAUGCAGGGAAUCAUGCUUCAAUGAUUCAUGGUAUAAGAACUAGUGGAGCCAAGAAAGUUAUUUAUAGACAUAAUGAUCCAGAGCACUUGGAACAGUUGCUUAAAACAUCUGAUCCUAGUGCUCCAAAGAUAGUGGUGUUUGAAACAGUUCAUUCUAUGUCUGGAUCUGUUUGUCCUCUAGAGGAAUUGUGUGAUAUAGCUCAUGAAUACAAUGCUUUAACAUUUGUUGAUGAGGUACAUGCCGUUGGUUUGUAUGGUAAACAUGGUGCAGGAAUUGGUGAAAGAGACAAUUGCAUGCAUAAAAUGGAUAUUAUCAGUGGAACAUUAGGAAAGGCUAUUGGAUGUAUUGGUGGAUAUUUAGUGGGAAACUCAAAAGUGAUAGAUACUUUAAGAAGUUAUGGUUCAGGCUUUAUCUUUACCACUGCGCUCCCACCAGACAAGGUCUAUGCUGCAUACAAGUCUAUUGAAGUGCUGAAAACCAAAGAAGGUCAAGCUUUACGUCAAAAACAUCAAGCGAAUGUUCGCCAACUUAAAACCAAGUUGAUUCAACGUGGUUUUCCUGUUCAUCCUUCUCCUAGCCAUAUUAUUCCUGUAAUGGCGGCUGACCCAGAUAAGUGUACGAAAAUUUCUCAGCUUCUUCAAUCCCAUCAUGGAAUAUAUGUUCAAUCAAUUAAUUAUCCAACAGUACCACGUGGUCAAGAAAAGCUGAGAAUCGCUCCGACCCCUUUUCAUACUGAACAGAUGAUGGAUGAGUUAGUAGAUGCGUUAACAGAGGUCUGGCUCGAAGUGGGACUCCCAAUUCAAUACCCAUUGUGUAAUGUUGAAUGUGAAUGUCAAGACAUGUGUAAACAAGGCACGCUUGCUUAUACUCAUGUAGCUGCUGCAUGAAAUAAUUUUUAAUUUGUGUUACGAUUUUUUCAGUUAUUUAAUUUUAUUUAAAUUUUUAGUUUUGACUAAUUUACAUUUUUACGAGUAAAAAUGUUUUUAUUUGGUUUUUUAUUUUUUUUUAAAGAGUCAAAAAGGAGAAAUGUAAAAUUUGUUUUAAAAGAUAAACGCAUCAUUAAUAUAGGUACAGGUAAUAUCAAAUAAAAGAAUUACAUAUUAUUAAAAAACGGUGUUUAUUUUACUUAAUUUCAUGUUGGUGCUUCGUUUUUUAUGUUGGUAGUUUGAUUCAAUAAUUCGUGAAUAUGUUGUAUUAUUUUUAUGUCCGGCUUCAUUUGUCUGAAUUUGCUAAAUUUCUUCAAGAAAGGAACAAUUUGUUAUUUAUUCUUUUAAUGAUUUAAGUAUUAUUUAAUUUUGUAUUAUUUUUUAUUUAAUUUUGAGGUACUAUUAAGAUAAAAGAGUGUUAUUUA